AUGUCGAAGAACCCCGACGCGACGCCGGGCGUGGCCCAGAGGUACGACACGGUGGCGAGCGCGAGCGCGACGCCGGGGGUCGUGAUGGUGAGCCCGUCGUUCUGGGGGAGCUGCCUCCCGCACGCUCGCCAUCGCGUCUGGCCGCGCGCCGUCAGCACCAGCGCCGAGUCCGCCGCCGCCUUUAUGGAGGUGCUCGUCGCGCUGUGCCCGUGCCUGUGCGACUGCGAGCUGCGCGUGGGGAGCAGGGUGCCGCGGCUGUGUGUGCAAAGCGGCGUGGCUGGCUGCGCGGGCCGCGUGGGCGAGCAGCGAGAAGGGCACCGCGGCGGCGCAGGCGAGCAGCGAGCGGGACGCGGUGACCGGACGGGCGAGCAGCUAGCAGGGCACCGCGGCGGCGCAGGCGACCGGCGAGCGGGACGCGGUGGCCGCGCGGGCGAGCAGCGAGCAGGGCACCGCGGCGGCGGAGGCGACCGUCGAGCGGGACACGGUGGCCGCGGGCGAGCAGCGAGCAGGAUGGGUGGCCUAGCAUGCGUUCGACGAAAUGACUGA